AUUCAAAGAUGCCCACCUGCUAGGCAGAGAGAGAGAGAGAGAGAGAGAGAGAGAGAGAGAGAGAGAGAGAGAGAGAGAGAGAGAGAGAGAGAGAUGAAAGAUUAUUUAUUUCUCCUGGGUGGGAGACAGUGAGUGAGUGAGAGUGAGUGAGAGUGAGUGGGAGGGAGGGCGGCAGUCAGAAACAAGCAAACUAAUUCUCACCGAGGAACAGACAAUCGUGCCAGAGCAGGAGCUGCGCUUAGUUCACCUCCCUCUGACGCUUUGUGCAUCAACAAAGAAUCAGUUUGUGUGUCUUUUUCGACGCGAGACGAGGUACCAACUAGGACCAGAGUUUUCUCAUUUUGGAUAGGGGGGCUGCAGACACACGCACCCACACUUCUCCAAGCCGAAACAACUCAAGGUGAAUGCCGCCAUGCCAUUUGGGUGCCUUGCCCUGCGAGAUGGGCGGAGUUACGAUAGUAUGUCUGAUGUCACGGACAAGUAUGAGAUUGGACAGGUCCUCAGAGCGAAGGAGUUCUGCGAGCUCUGCCUGGCUAAGGACCGACAGACAGACAAGGUGUUUGUCUGCAAGAAAUUCCUCAAGAAAGACGGCAGAAAAGUCCGCAAAGCUGCCAAGAACGAGAUCAUGAUCCUGAAAUUAGUCAACCAUCCAAACAUCCUUCAGCUGAUAGACACGUUUGAGACCCGGAAAGAAUAUUUCAUCAUUCAGGAACUUGCCACAGGAGGAGAUGUGUUCGACUGGAUUCUGGACCAAGGAAAUUACACAGAGAGAGAUGCCUCCAAUGUCAUCAGACAAGUCCUGGAAGCGGUGGCGUACUUACACUCCCUGAACAUAGUUCACAGGAACUUGAAGUUGGAAAACCUGAUGUACUACACAGAAAAUAACCACAACAAAGUAGUGCUGCGAGACUUCUACCUGUCCAGGUUUGAGAACGGGCCCAUCACAGAGCCUUGUGGAACACCAGAAUACCUGGCUCCUGAAGUGGUGGCUCGUCACCGAUAUGGUCGCCCUGUGGACUGCUGGGCUGUGGGUGUCAUUAUGUUCAUACUUUUAUCGGGUAACCCUCCUUUUUAUGAUGAGACGGAGGAGGAGAACACAGAUCUACACAAUCGCAUCAUUUUCUGUCGCAUUGUUGCCGGUGACUUUGAGUUUGAUUCUCCGUACUGGGAUGACAUUUCCCCUGCAGCUAAGGAGCUUGUCUGUCGCCUCAUGGAGGUGGACCAGAUGUUGAGAAUCACUGCACAGGAUGCUCUUUGGCAUGAAUGGAUUGCAGGGAAUGGUGCAUCAGAGAAGAAUCUAAAGGAUGGCGUGUGUGCUCAGUUUGAGAAGAACUUUGCAAAGGCUAAAUGGAGGAAAGCGAUCCGUGUGACCACCUUCAUGCAACGCCUGAAGAAUUCAGAGGCACUUAUUGACAGUUCAGCUGAGGUUCAGGGAAGUGAAGAGGUAGGCGAUUGUGAAGGGGGUGUGUCACAGGGGACAAGUGACGAGGGAGACAAAGUGACGAGUGAUGGAGGGGUGACAUCAAGUAGUGUUUCUUUAGAGGUGACUGUUGAAAGUACACCAGCAGGUUUGGACCAGGAUGAAGGGAGGAGUAAGGUUGGGGAAAAACAGGAUGACAUAAAGACAAGCAUAAGUCCAAGUGUGGAAACUUCUCCGUCAGAUAUACAGGAACCUCUCUGUCAGCAAGCAAAUGCAGCUCCCAAACUCCCACAGGAGGAGCCUGGUAAGGUUAGUGCAAAGAAAGUAGCAGGUGAUUGCACCAGAAAACUGCCUGUUAAUUUGGGACAAAAUAAAGUUGCUCCAGAAUCUAAACCAUCCCCAAUGAAGACGCCUGACCCCUCCAAGUUAUCUGACAGUUCUUCAGAGAUAAAACAUGCAUCCCCUUCCCUUGAUCCCAGCGGCAAACGUAAGAUGGCUGCAACAUUCCAAGGUCCUCAACUUUCUGGCUCUGCUGCUGCGACUGCAUCACCAGAUAAGAGGCCAGGGAUGCAGAGAGAUGACACUGACGGAAGCUGGUGUCAAACACAAGUACCAGAAGCAGUAGCAGAGAGGUCAGUGGUAGCAACUGUCACUCCAACUAUAGGGCCUGCAGCUGGGGUGGAUGCAGGGCUAGGAGUUAGGUUAAGGGAAGAGUCUAGCCCCAUGAGUAGAAGGGACAGAGAGGCCAGGAGAACAGACAGGUACAGCGCUGAGUUAAGCAUAGCAAGAGCCGGUCCUCCAACAGGACAGGCUUGUUAUACAGUAGGCAGCUCUGCCAGUUUAGGCCGUCAUGCUACACCAUACAACCCAGACGUUGGGAUGGGGAUAGCAGGAGGGUACGGAAGUCCAUACAGCUCCCUGUAUACAGGUGCAACAGGGUUAGGGAUGUAUGGGACUGGGUUACAUCAUCCGGGGGACAGUAGCAGCACUACAAGUGACUGGCAAAUGGACAGUGUCAUCGAACAGAUAGAAAAGCAAAUGGUUGCUGUGCUGGAGAAGAUCGAGGGAGACAUGCCCUCACUUCUGGAGCAAAUCAGCGACUGUCCCAUUGAACCACCACGUGCCCGGAGCACCCACGCCUCCCCUGCCAGCUCCAGAGCUCGCUCCUCACAGCACCCCACCACUACAACCUCGGCCACUCCUCCGCCUCUUCCGACCUCUCCAAGGCCAGCACUACCAUCUCUUCCUCGCCUUUCCAUCCCUCCUCCCUCUUAUCCCCCACCAUCCCCUCCUACACAAUCCUCACCCCAGGCUCCAGGAGAGCAGGAUGACAGGGAUGGACAGAGGGAUGCCAUUCGCUCCAGCCAGUCCCCCAGAGCUGGGAUGGGCAGGGGGUUAUGAAGCAGGAGUGAAAGAUGAAACAACAUUGAACAUUUUAUAGUUUAAAUUGAAGGGUCUAGAGACUGUGUCUCACCCAGAAAUAUCAUUCACCCUUUCACCAGGAGAAAUGUAACCAUGCAGUGUUGUUCAGUUUUGCUUUCUGUUGAGAACCUUGUUAAAGAUAAAUAUCCCACUCAAUUACACUAAUGGCUGGAGCUUAUGGGGAGUUGUGUACUGUAUUCCUCUGCACAACAGCUACAAAACAAAAGUAUUCAAAGGUGUGUUUGCAUCUGAAACCCAGAUUGUGUGCAUGGCUGCUUACCACACAUCCUCCACACAACCUGCUAAUUAUAAAUAUCACAAGUGAGAAGAGUGUGGUAAAGCUCUCGGCUAAUGGCGAGAGUUAGCAGCUGAGGAAGUGUUAUAGUUUGCGUUAUUCCUCUCAACUGUAAAUACAUACAACAGCUGGGUUCCUUAUUCUUGCUCUUUUUCUCCCAUGUUGUUCGCUUCCUCACAUCCAAACUUUUUAAAAUCAGCUCUUCCCAUUUCAGUACAGUCUGCUCAUUUUUUAUUUAUGUAGCUAUGCAUCUUGUAAAGCAAGGCUGCGAAAGCAAGACCUUGCAGUCACAGUUGUACAGAAGACGAUGAAACUGAACUGAACAAGCCUUCUGAUUGGCUGCUGGUAAUCGAGAGAAGUUAUUAUGUGGUGUAUUUAAACUUGAACUGCCAAAAGUCUUGUGAUAUGCUUCAUAUCUGCUGGAGAGCUUUGGGAAAUCUUUAAAUAAAAAAUAUUGUAUAAAGGCUUCUCAAUAACACAUGCACUCAAACACAUGCACACAUUUUCUCAUCCUUUACCAAAUUCACCCAAAUGUUUUUGCCUGGAAAGGUUUUUUCCCCCUUUUUCCUACUUUGUAAUCACAUCAGUUUGGUACUAUCAUAUGGACAGUACUGUCUAUAUUUGCUCCUUUUUAAGAUGUAAAAAAGUCCUCCUGAAAUGCAUUAUGCUUUUGGAUCUAUGUAAUACCAGGUUCUGUGCUGUUAUCUCAAACAUCUACUUUUCUGUCCCUGUGUUAACUGUGUUAAAUGUGCUCUGUUUGCAAGCCUUUCAAUAAAAGUAAAACUUUAUGCUA